UGGUCACAUUGAAUCAUAUAGACGUAGGCACCCGCAGAUAGGAUUUCAAUUCGCAUAAAAGAAGGGCAACAAAUCAGUGGGAUUAGUUGCAGUAGGUCCAUACCCAGUGGAUUGAGGCCCUUGCUCUGCUACCGCGGAAUCUAUGAAAAUGCGCCUCCAACGUGGGUGCAACCGCCUAGUUCUGUAACCUUCUGUGAGAGAACUUCUGGCGGAGAGGAGCGGAUCGAAGCGGAAGAAAUCGGAAAGCUAAGAGAAAACAAAAUCGGGGCGGCAUAGCAACGUCAACGUCAACUAUACACCGAAGUCCAGAAAUUCAGUAAUCUGGUUACCACUUGCUUAGAGUCAAAGUAAGCAGGACGCCAGAGGACAGAAUGUGCGGCCUGGACGUAAGACGCUUCUUCGAGGAGUGGCGUAUCUGGAUACGCCCGCUGCUUAUUGUCACCUAUGUAAUCUUUGCCAUCAUCGUGGUUCCGCUGCUAAUCGUAAACUCAGUAAAGGAUGGCUUCCAGCGCAACGACCAGCUCAUCCUCAUCGGCGGUCUUUUUGUUCUGUCCGCGGUGCCUGUGUCCAUAUGGCAUAUCAUCCAACACGUCAUUCAUUUCACGAAACCCAUACUGCAGAAGCACAUAAUCCGCAUAUUGUGGAUGGUGCCCAUCUAUGCCCUGAACGCGUGGAUCGGCCUGUUCUUUCCGAAGCACUCCAUCUACGUGGACUCUCUGCGCGAAUGCUAUGAGGCGUACGUUAUCUACAACUUCAUGGUGUACCUGCUUAACUAUUUGAAUCUCGGCAUGGACCUGGAGGCCACCAUGGAGUACAAGCCACAGGUGCCGCACUUUUUUCCGUUGUGCUGCAUGCGUCCGUGGGUGAUGGGACGUGAGUUCAUCCACAACUGCAAGCACGGCAUCCUCCAGUACACAGUGGUGCGGCCAAUUACCACCUUUAUCUCUGUUAUCUGCGAACUGUGCGGCGUCUACGGUGAGGGCGAGUUCGCCGGUAACGUGGCUUUUCCGUAUAUUGUGGUCGUAAAUAACAUCUCCCAGUUUGUGGCCAUGUACUGCUUGGUGCUAUUUUACCGUGCCAAUAAGGAGGACCUUAAACCUAUGAAGCCCAUUCCAAAGUUUCUGUGCAUCAAGGCUGUGGUAUUCUUCUCGUUUUUCCAAGGAGUGCUGCUGAAUGUGCUAGUAUACUAUGGCAUAAUUAAGGACAUUUUUGGGUCGGAUGUUGGUGACACUAAUCUCGCAUCCCUGCUGCAGAACUUUCUCAUCUGUAUCGAGAUGUUCAUCGCUGCUGUAGCUCACAUCUACAGCUUCCCGCACAGCCCGUUCCACAUCAACUCUCCGCAGUACUGGAACAAUCCGAAUCAUAGUUGGUGUCGCGCCUUCCUUUCCAUGAUGGACAUUUCGGACAUGCAGGAGGACGUCACCGAGCAUCUGGGCGUAGUGGGCAGUUCGCUUAGUCGCCGUUUUCAGGGACGCAGCACAUACCAGCCGUUGGCUCGCAGUCCUCGUCGUUCCAGUAGUGAGUCUGAGUAUUUGAUCAGCAAGCGCCAGGAUCAGCAGCUGCCGGGCAACUCGUCACAAUCAGGCGUAACCGACGAUGGUAACCGUAGCAAUAGCAACAACUACCAACAACAACAACUGCACUUGCCGGGCGCGUCGAACUCUGAGAUAUCGACCCGUCAGCGCGAUACACUGCAUCUACGCGAGCGCGAAAGAGAUCCGGGACGGGUUGCGGGUGCUGGCGUAGGUGGUAGCUUCCUGCGCUUACCGCCCGGUGCCGGAAUCGCCUCGGCGGCCGAGCCGAUUCCUGAGUCCAACGAUGAUUAUGCCCUGCUAUUAGGUGCGGGCACAGGCAGGUGACACCGCUACCAACAGUACCACUACCAGCAGCAUCAGCACCCGCACAUUGACGACACUUUCGAGGACGAAGAUGGUGUGGACGUUAGCCAGCAGAUGAAUGCCUCAUCGCUCAGCGCCUCGCUGUCCGUUUCGUUUGGCAUGUCAAGCAGUUUAAAGUUUAGUGCGACUGGCAGCAACCGGUCGGCGUCCGAGUGGUCAAACUCAACGGGCGGGGAAGAUGACGCUGACGACGAUGAGGUAGACGUGGACGUGGACGAAGAAGAUGGGGAUAACGGUGCUGGCGAGCAGCCCGUUGUCGUUAUAGCCUCUACGACCAGGCGACGCCGCGAUCGAGAGUACAUCACCUAGACGCGUUGACCUUAAAACCUUCUUCAGUUAAACGCUAUACUUAUAUUUAUUGUUUUUCCCAUAUCAAGAUUUGUGCUAGGCUUAGAAUACUCAUGAAACGAACACUUUCCAGCGGCCCAUUAAAUGGGGAAUUUAAAUUGUGGCCUUAGUUUUCAUCGCGAAACCAACUUAUUUUACAACGCCAUUACUGUAAUCGUUUUUUCCUGAUAGCGCACACAAACAGAUCCACACAUCCCUUAGCCCAAAGAAUCAUCAUUGAAUGGGGUCCGAUAUUUUGUAUGUACUUUUUAUGUGCUCAUUUUGUAGGCCGACCUUCCCAAAAUGAUAUUUUUAUUCUUUGCAUCCGUGUUAAGUGCCCCCGUAUAGUUAGGUCUCGAACUUUUGUGUGGCGAAGUAGUUAAUUAGUAACAUGCCUGAACCGAUUGUGAAUUUUGUGACAUCCGCCGGUCAGAAAAGGGCGUGACUCGUAUUUAAAUAGAAAUUCUUAUUGUAAAACUAAUAUACACAUUAAUAAUAUAAUAUUGGAAAAUA